UUUUUAAGUGUCGGGGUUGGGGUCGGGUUCGGGGUCGGAGCCAAGUUCCUUGCUUGCGACGUGCGCCGUAACCGUUGCGCCGUGUAACCUUCUGUCAGCUGUCGUCGGCAGGGAGCGAGAUAUUCAGUGAUUAGAGGAAAGAUGGCUACGAACUUUGGCGUAGAGUGUCAGUACUUUUACGAGGAUGUCGUCUAUCGCGUUGACAAGAAAGGCAAUAUUGUGUUCGGAAUCGUUAUGGAAAAUGACGAUCAAGAUUUGUCCGACGAGAGUUCUGACAGCGAGGAGAGCCCGAAAAGGAAAAAGGGCGAAAUUCGCGUGGUCUGGCAUCCCUCCGGUGUCGAGGAACUGGUCAGCUUGAAGAAGGUACAUUUAGCAGACAGAACACUUAUGCCAGGAGAUGUUGUACGUCGAAUGAUCAAAGGGAAGGAUACCCAGAGAGGAUACUGUAGAGAUAUUGAGCUCACUGCUUGUGUUCAAGUGAUUGGUACUAAGCAAGUGCUUACGAAUAUUAGGAGUGAAGAUUUAGUUCCUUUGGAAGAAUUUGCAACAGACAUAGCUGUCUGCAUGGAUUCAUGGGUUGGUGGUAUAAAAAUGGCAAACUUUAAAUUGUGGCUUACUACACCCGAUGGAUCUCGUUGUGUUAUAAAUGAAACGGAUUCUCGUGUUGUAGGGCAAUUAGAGGAGAGACGUGACAAUGAUAAUGAUUUUCCUCAUUCGUCUGAAUUUUAUCCUGGUCAAAGUUUGUGGGGACCAGUUCACUGCCUAGAGGAUGCACAAUGGAUUACAUGUACAAAAGAAAUGAAAGCAAAGAGGAAAUCUAAACCGCAGAAACUGACAAAAGUAAUUGUAGAAAAGGUAGAAACAGAUUGGGUGGGUGUGCAUUGGCAGUGUAGAGCAUAUUCAAAGGAUGGUGCUUGGUCAGAUCAAGCUCAACCAAAAUUCGUAGUUGAAGGAGAGAAUUUAAAGAAAUUAAAAUUAUUAAAUGUUUUUGAACCAUCUACUGUACAAGUGGGAGAUCGAAAUUUCUAUAUAAUUAAAGAUGAUGAAAAUGUUAUUACACGAGAACAAUGGAGAAAACAACAAAGAGAUAUUUUUCAAGUUCCUAAGCACAGUCCAAAGAAAACACGUCCAAAUAUCAGUGUAACGAAACCAGCUGAAAAUAAGAAAAAGGAGAAGGACAAAGAUAAAGUUAACGAACACCAAACAUUAGAGGAGAAUGCUCAUAAUAACAUUAACAAUUUACAAAAUAUGACAAGCAAUAAUACUCUAAUGCCUCCAGUACAAAACCAAAAUGAGAGUUCAGAUGAUUGGGAUACAGAAGAUACUGGAUCACAGAGUGAUAGUGCUUCAGUAUCUAGUGGAUGUUCCAGUAUGUCAUCUAUGGGUAAAAAGAAAAAAAGCCCAGCUUUAAUGACGAAGGUACUGAAGAAAAAAAAGUUAUGUAAAGCAAAGAAAAAACUUCCACCAGUUCCAUUGAUUCCAGGAACUAAAAUUGUUGUAGAAACAUUAUCUACGAGUACAAAAGCUAAUGUUGUAUGGCAAGAUGGUUCAGUAGAAUUUGGUAUUCCAUCUACGCAACUUUAUCCAAUUCAUCACUUAGAUGAUAAAGAAUUCUUCCCAGGUGAUUUUGUAGUUGAUCAAAAGGAAGAAUCUAGAAUGUAUGGCGUAGUUCAAAGUGUUGACCAUCAAGGUAGAACAGCCAAAAUAAAGUGGUUUAAAACGUAUACUUCUAGUCAAAGUCCACAACCAACUUUGCUAGAAGAACGUGAAGUCAGUGUAUACGAUUUAAAAGAUCAUCCAGACUUUCAAUAUAGACCAGGUACAUUAGUAAUUCGAAUAGCUAAUUUUGAAGGAGAAGAUGCUGGUUGUACUGCUGGUCAAGUGUUAGAUAAUUAUCCCGAAGGACGAGUUAAAGUGUGGUGGGUUGAUGGACAUGUAAGUAUGUGUUGGCCUCAAGAUUUGUAUAAAGUAGGUGAAUAUGAUAGUGAUGAAGGCGAACUGUGGGACGAUGUAUCCUCUGACGCGUCAUGGGAAACGGAAUUGGAAGACUGGUUUAUCGCAGAUACCGACGGUACAGAACAAACAGAACUAGAAAAUAUAAAGCCAAAACUAGCCGCACACAUUGAGAAAGCUCGUAUUGCAAUGUCUAGACUCGAAGAGAUUUUCACUCAAAAUCCCUCACUUCAAACAACUGAAGUUAUGAGAAAAUUAUUAGAAGUUUAUAAAGAUUGUCGAUACAUGGAUAAACUUAUGGGUACCUCUUUUUUCCAUGAGUGUCAUUUUCAAGGACUUUUGGAAAGAGUUCGAGAACGUGGUCGUGCAAACGUAGCACAACGUAUGGCAGAUCAAGUAACAAGAUUGUUUACACAAAAAUCCGAUGGAUCAGAAGAAAAUAUAGAAAAUUCCAGCAAUGUACAAUCAGGAAGUAAUCCUUGUGAAAAGAUCAUUACCACUGUGACGGAUAUGACAGAACCUGUUGAUGAUAAAAACGACGAAGUUGCCAAUAAACAAGAUGUAAAAGGUGAAGAAUCAAUUGAUCGUUUAUUUAUUAAUGUUAAUCCUAAUCCUGAAGAUUCUGGAUUGUAUUCUGCAGAAAAUUCGAAGAAAGAAUCUGGUUCUAGCGAGUCAAGCGGGGAAUUUCUGCUUAGCGAGGAUGUGAAUAACGUACCUGAUCGUUCGAUAGAAAAACCAGAAAUGAAUAAAACUUCCAAGACUCAGAUGCACAUAACAAGUUCUCAUGUAGCUAGUUCUCAAGUUUGCGUUAAAUUAUGUACUUUAAUAAAAGCGCAGCUUGUACUGGCGCACGCGGAAGUUUCUAGACGAUUUGGAUUAUCAAAGAUGUCAUUGUCUGAUGCCGAAAAAGGAUCGUCACCUUUGAAAAAACAAAAGAAAGAAGAAGAAAAACGUAUAGAAUUAUUACAGGAAUCGUCAGAAUAUUCCAUAGAAAUUCCACCGCCAAUAUAUGCAGAAGGAGAAGGAUUUUCUAUAGAAGAGACAGCUCCAGAUAGUCAUAAAUUUAAAUUAACAAUGUUUCAACCUACAGAUCCUACAAACUUUUUCAGAACUGUUUCCAAGGAAUUAAAACUCUUAAAAAGUUCACUUCCACCCGGUAUAUGGGUAAAAGGAUUUGAAGAUAGAAUAGAUUUAUAUUCCGUAAUGUUUCGUGGACCUGAGAAAACACCAUACGAAGAUGGUCUUUUUCUUUUUGAUUUUCAAUUAUCUGCCGAUUAUCCUGCUGCUCCGCCACUUUGCCAUUAUAUUUCUUACUGUAAUGAUAGGUUGAAUCCGAAUCUAUACGAGGAUGGUAAAGUAUGUGUAAGCUUACUCGGAACGUGGUCUGGUCGAGGAACGGAAGUAUGGACAAGUUCUUCAACUCUGUUGCAAGUUAUAGUCUCAAUUCAAGGCCUUAUUCUCGUACCCGAACCAUAUUUUAAUGAAGCUGGUUUUGAUAAACAAAAGGGCUCUCAACAAGGAAAAGAAAAUUCAAGAAUGUACAAUGAAAUGGUCGUACUGAAAUUAGUUCAAGCACAAACUAAAUUAUUACAACAUCCACCACUUGUAUUUAAAGAUAUUAUUAUUGAACAUUUCAAGAGAUAUGCAAAAAAAUUAUUACAACGUUUAGAGUUAUGGAUGGAAAUUUCUGAACAGCAUAAUAAUCAACAUCCGUUAUCUCCAGUAACACCUACUACUUUUAAACAAAUAUCUGAUGUCGAUAAUAAAAUUUUACCAGAAUUUCCAUUGAUACCAGCAUCUAGAGGUUUCUGUAUAACACUCCGUAAAACUUUAGCUACAUUCAAUGAAGUACUGAUCAAAGAAGGUAUUAUAGAAAGGAAUAACGAUGUACAUGCUUGGGAAAAUAGCAAAGAACAAACGAAAAGUGAAGCUCAUGAAAUAAGUAAAACUGCUGACAGUAAUGCAGUGGAAUACGACAGUAAAAAAAAGAACAGUGAAGGAAGUUGUAAAUUAACUCCAAAAAAUAGUCUAUCAAAAGACCGUGUUUCAUCUUCCUCGAGUAUUUCUUCUGCAUCGCUGAGCGAAACGAAAAAAACUACAUUGGAUCAUACUAUCAGCUAGCCACAAGGUAAACCUAAAUUUAAACCUAAAAAUUUAGUUCGUAAAAGAUACACGAUUAUUCGGUAAUACAUUCAAUUAAUUUAUUAUCAAUAUAUUAAAGAUAUGUUCAAUGAUGUUCGCGGUAUCUAUUUAUUAAUAUGAACACCACUACUAACAAGCGAUAACUUUUAACAGAAACGCCGCUGUCGUUGCUCCGCAGCUAGAGAUAUAUGUUACUAUAGAGUAACCACAUAGUAACGUUAAAUACGAUCAUAUAGGCACGUACGAGCAAAUAAGAUCUUGUUCUUGUAUACAAUUUCGUAAAUUUCUGAGACAUAUUACACAACUUAAUUAAUAAUUUAUGAUGUUAUAUAGAAUAUAUAAUAAUAAAAAUAUAUAUAUAUUAUAUAUAAUAUAUAAUAUUAUAAUAUUUACUGAUAUAAAAUUAAUAUUUGGCCACUGGAUACCAUAUAUGCAUUUAGUUCUGUAAUUCUAUAAUGAAAAUAGAAGACGCAGUAAUAACUUGACUGAAUUAUUAAAAGAAAGAAAUAAGAAGGGUGAAACUAACUAAUCUCGAUAUUGUAUAAGCGAGAAAAUAUUGUCACUUUAUAAAAGGUGAUAAAAAUUGAAAUGAAGAAAUAAAGUAACUGGUAGCAAUACGUUGAGCCAACAUGAAAAAACACUUCGCAAUAGAGUUUAAGGAACACGAUAAUAAUAGUUAUUAAUUCUAAAUGCAUUUGAAUGAGUACACUUCAAGUAAUAACGUCACUGACCUUAUAAAAAUUCUCAUUAUUCUCCAAGUAUCUUAAAAAUCAUUAUGCCAUCCAAUGAUACAAUAUUUCAAAUGAAAUUACAACAUGAUUUUGAUUGCAAAUAGGUUGUAGCUUAGGCACAAAAAUUCAUAUUUAGAUGAAAAACCUAUGACAAUUAAUAUCCAAUGUUAUAGACCUUCUAACGUAGCAUAUAAAUUAUAGAAAAUUAUUAGACAUUCUAUUAUCUAUGGUCAUUUCAAUUUUCAUUAUCGAUGAUUUAUUUAGAUUUAGGAAAAAAUUAUCUUUGUAUAUUCUUCAUUUUUGUUUUGACAUGUCAUAAGUACUUAGUAUUAUCACGAAUAGUUGCGGGGUACUUACAAUGCAACACAAGCGUUUUACAGUAUUAUUUGUAUUUAUUUUUCUUUUUUGUUUAAUUCUACACUUCUCCGGUAUAAUGUAUAGAAUGUACUUGUUUAUUACGGGAGAGUAAUGUUUCUGUAAAUUAUAAAAUGAAUGCGUACAACCAAGAAUAUGAAACUUAAUACAUGUGAAAUUGGAUUAUGCAUUCUGAAGAAAUGUAUUUGCAUGCAACGAAAUAAUCGAAGAACGAUUAAUGAUAUUAAGAAUAACAUGUCUUUAUUUUCUUUUACUUGGUAUAUUACAUGAUCGUUUCAUUGUUACAUAUUAUUACAUUUUACUUAUUUUUCAAAUUAAAAUUUGGAAAUAUAUGUAUAAUCAAUCUAAUAAUAAUCAAAUUAUUUUGUUCAAAGAAUAGAAUUCCAUUAAAACUUUUUUUCAAAAACAGCUUAUUUUCUAUAAAAUUUAUACAUUUCUAAGUAUAAGUUACAUUUAUACAUUGCAUUUUUUUUUGUUUUAUUUAUAUGCUUAUAUUUAUGUUAAUAAAUAAUGUGAAAAUUUGUACUAGGUGAUAUUUAAUCCUAUUAAUUAUCCGUGAAUAUAAAUGCAAAUUGAGAUUGCAUUGAUCUUUUAUUCUUUUAUUCUAUUAUUUGUGAAGUUUUUAUGGUACCGGAUAUGUACAGUAUGUGCGCGACUUAAGAAACAUUAAUGCACAAAUUCACGUUCCGCACUCGCGCCGAGAUGUAGUCAGCUUUGGGGAAAAAAAUUAACAACUUAACGUGUAUACACCAUAUACGUUUUAUCUGCAUGUUAUUUCCAUUAUCGGACGAUUUGUUCCUUUCGUUGAAUAUCUAUCAAGUAUACAUGUAGUAACGCGUGUAGAAUUUGCGUGUUAAUAAUGAACGUAAGAUCACGUAAUACUGUACAUGUCGAAGUGUAUCUCUUCUGCAGUAAAUCAGCAGAUUUGAUAUUCUUCGACCAUAUUGCAGUGUCGUCAAGCAAUUGCCAUAAAGUGCGGCGACUUUGGAAUUCUUGCGCCAACAGUGUACACACGACGCGGGUACAGAGAUAGAAAGGUAAACAAAAAAAAGAGCGUGUGCUUGCGUGAACGUUUCCUCGAAAUCAUAUGGUGCUGAAUACAUAAACAAAAAAAAUGAAAGGGAAAAAAUCGCAAUUAUACCAGGGAAACUACAGUUUCUAGGAAAAAAAAGAAAAGGAGAAAGAGAGAAUGUAUUAAAUAAAAAUGAUAGUUAAACUAGAUGAAGAGGGGAAGAAACAAUGCGAGUAUUGCCGUUUAAGGCAGAGAAGAGCUUGUUAUUGUGAAACGUGAUGUUUUGGAAAGCCUUGUAUAUGUGCCAGCUAUUUCUAUUUACAUUAUGAUGGUAAUUAUAUUCGUAAGUUGCAUAGAGCUUUAUUUUCGCCGUAAAUUACUUUAAUGUUGUAUGAAAAAAAAACAACAGAUGCAAUAUAUUUAUUAAUAAUUAUUUGAGUCAGAAUACAAAACAUCGAUAUCAACAUUUUAAAUGCUGCUUUUUUAAUUGAUUCGCAUAAUCCUUUGAAACAUUACUUGAAGCAUACUAAGCCAUCGAUUUAUUUUACGAUAUUAGUUUGUAAGUAUACGUAGCAGCUAUUUUAAAGGUUACUUAAAAUAUAUUUGUAUAUUUAAUUCAAAUAAAAAUAUUUCAAAGGAUUAGUGACCAAUUAAAUAAAAUAUUAAAUUAAAUUUUUUUAUUGAAAUAACUACAUUUUUUUCGUGUGUUAGAAAGGGAUAUUUCAUUUGAUAUUUAAUUGAGGAUCCUUUCUCGUUGGUAUCGACCGAUCUAAUAUUACAACGAUUAUGUAAUGAGUUGUCACUUGUAACUUGGUUUCCUUGAUUUUUAUUUAAUAAAAAAUCAGUAUGAGCGAUUAAAAAAUAUUAAUUGACUAUAAAUCUUUUCUGUUUCAUAUAGAUCCUACCCAUACUCACCUGAAUCUUCGACCUGCACUCCCGAUAAUCUGCUUUAUAUCCGAACCGUCAAAUUCCAACUACAUUAUGGAUUUCCACAUUUCUUUAGACGAUUAUUCAAUGUCAAGUAAAAUACACAAAAAAAUAGAAUUUUAAUAUUAAAUUGUCUUAAAUCAGUAGUGUACAAUUCGGAUGAAGUAUUUUAUACAAACUUGUAUAUACGUUAUUAUACUUAUAUAAAUUUAUAUUAUUUAAACCAAGUUGUUUUUCAUAUUUAUUUAAAUAAUUAUGUAUGAUUUAC